UCGUCGAGUUCGACGGUGCUGUUCGCGAUCGAAGGGAUGCGGUGCGGCGGAUGCAGCGCGGCGGUGCGAAACGCGCUCGACGCGCGAGACGACGUGGAGGCGGCGGCGGUGAAUUUAGUGACGGAAACGGCGGCGGUGCGGUUUAAAACGACGUCGAUGAUAGUAGGGAGCUUAGACGCUUCGAUCGAAAGCGCGGUGGCGGAGAUAGGGAAGAAGGGAUUUAAGAUGACGCGACGCGAGCUCGGACGCGCGGCGGAGGCGGCGGCGAGAGAGGCGAGCGCGCGACGAGAGGAAGAGAUGGAACGGACGAAGUGGGAUUUAUACAAAGCCUGGGGAUUGACGGCGGCGUGUUUAGGGACGCAUUUGACACAUCACUUACACGCGCUUGGCCUGCACGAGUACGCGCACACGGAGGUUUUGAACGCGUUGGCGCAGCCGUGGAUCGGGGCGACGCUCGCGAUGGGGGCGCUGUUGGGACCGGGGCGGAAGAUUUUAGUAGAAGGCGCGCAGGCGUUUGCAAACGGGGCGCCGAACAUGAACUCACUCGUCGGCGUGGGCUCGCUCGCGGCGUUUGGGUUGUCCACCGCGGGGGCGUUGAAUCCGCAGCUGAACGAGUACGGGCAGUGGACGAAUGAUUUCUUUGAGGAACCGGUGCUGUUGAUGGCGUUCAUCUUGCUCGGGCGCGCGUUGGAAGGUCGCGCGCGCGCGCGGGCGAGCGCGGAUUUGCGUUCUUUAAGUUCGCUACUGCCGUUGGAUGCGCGCUUAGUGGUGCCUGAUCGCGCGAGCGAAGAAGGCGAAGAUCCCGCCGAUCACUCGGUGAUGCUCGACGUGGACAGAGCGGCGGUGAAGCCCGGAGAUUUAGUGCGCGUCGUUCCGGGUGAAAUUAUCCCAGUAGACGGUGUCGUCGUCGCCGGAAACGCGGGUGUGGACGAGGCCACGCUUACGGGCGAACCUGUGCUGGUUUACAAGACGCGAGGGAGCGACGUAAACGCGGGCACGGGCGUGUUCGAGGGCCCACUCACGAUUCAAGCGACGAGCAGCGGGGACUCGUCCAUCGUCGCCGGUAUCACGAGAACGAUCGAGGAAGCGCAAGGGCGCGCGGCACCGGUUCAAAGACUCGCGGAUGCCAUCGCGGGCCCGUUCGUGUUCGGCGUCAUGGGCAUCAGCGCGGCGACGUUUGGGUUUUGGACGCUCGCGGGCGACGCCAUGUUUCCGGGCGCGCUCAUGGAAGCGGGAUCGUUCGGUGCGGCGCCGUGGAUGGGUCCGAUAAAGUUAGCGACGGAUGUCCUCGUCGUUGCGUGUCCAUGUGCGCUUGGUCUCGCGACGCCUACCGCAGUACUCGUGGCGACAUCUCUCGGCGCGCGCAACGGCGUCCUCCUCCGCGGCGGCGACGUGCUGGAAACCAUCGCCGGCGUCGACGCCGUCGUGUUGGACAAAACGGGCACGAUCACUCGAGGGAAGCCGAAAUUGAAAUCGGUCUACGCUACGAGUGGUGACGAUGAUUGGAAUAUUUUAAGUGUCGCCGCUGCGGUAGAGGCAACGACGACGCACCCGCUCGCCAAGGCGGUGGCGCGUGCGGCGGAUUUGCGAUUCGAGACGACGGAUAAUUUAACCCCCGUCCCGCGGGCUUCGGCGUCAGAGACCGAACCGGGUCGUGGAGUCAGUGCGACUGUAAAUGGCGAACGCGUUUUCGUCGGCGCACCAUCGUGGGUGGACGAGAAGGUGCGAGGCGUCGGACCGUCGAGCGACUCGUUCGAAGAAGCGUGGGCGGAGAGCGAGACGUGCUCGCUCGUCGCCGUCGGCGUCGAAGGUCGAGGCGUUAUGGGUAUGCUCACCGUCACGGAUGAGAUUCGUGAAGAUGCAGCAGCGACGGUCCAACGAUUGAAAGAGUCCGGAAUCACCGUUCACAUUCUUUCUGGCGACAGACAAGCCGUCGUGACCGCCGUCGCGGGCGAGCUCGGCUUGGGCGCCGACAGCGUUGCACUCGGCGGCAUGCUCCCCGGCGACAAAGCAAAUGAAAUCGAAAAGCUUCGCGCCAAGGGUUUGAAAGUGGCCAUGGUGGGCGAUGGCAUCAACGACGCCCCCGCCCUCGUCACCGCUGACGUCGGUAUCGCGAUGUCUCGAGGAAUGGAAGCCACCGGCAACGCCGCCGGCGUCAUCCUUCUGAACGACGCCAUCUCCCAAGUCGCUGAUUCCGUACAAUUAGGCAAGAACGCCCUCGGAAAGAUUCGCCAGAACCUCGGUUGGGCGCUCGCAUACAACGCCGUCGGCAUUCCACUCGCCGCGGGCGUCUUGCUCCCCGAAUACGGCUUCACCCUCAACCCCUCC